CGCGUUCCCGUACCCCUUAUUCGAUUCCUCGUAGUCAAACUGAGACUGCUGCGGACGCUCGGCCCGGUUCCACGCAUCGGACUCUGGUCUCGUUCCCAUGUCCCCAUACCCCGUGUCCGUGUUGAUUCUAGGAGGGGGCCUCUCUGCAUGUGGUGUAUACCGGCUGUCAGAACCAGCGCUCUGCGAGUAGCCGUUCGAAGUCUCGGAUUGUCCGUACGGCUGGUCCUCAUAGCGCCAACCCCAGGACGCGGCGGUUAACGAGAGUAGUAGAAACGGAAGCAGAUGCGACGACACAAGGGCCAUUACUGAAAUUUGGCACGAAUUCUAUAAAGAAUCUCGGCGAGAAUGGUGCGAGUUCGUUCGUACGUCGACACACUGUAGAUUGAUGGUACAGUAGCUAGGACCCUCACAGUCUCGUAGCAUACGUUUCUAGAGGAUAAGUAGCCAAACAGAAUCACACGGAAGUUAUCGUACACUUAUUCACUGAUGAUAGACGGCCGGGUAGAAUGAAUACCGCUCACCCAACGAACACACCGUUUGUGUUUGCUUUGUUCUUUGUACGCUUCGCGGGAGACCUCGACGACCGUAGGCACCAGACCCUCUUCCCUCUCCGUCUGUUGUGUCUCUCGUCCUCUUUCAAAAGACUGAACUGGCCAAGACAAGGAGUUUCCUCUACUACUAAACUUCCGACCGAGGGACAAUAUGCGUCAUCACGUGAGAUUGUCGGCGCCCACGUGACUAGUUUCGCUGCGCGUUUUACAACUCAGCGUUGCAGUCCUACAAGCCUGUUUCUGCUGUAUCGCUGGAUAUUUUCGCUGCGCAAAGUCAAAACUGCACGCAUUCUACCAUCUUCGGAACAUCAAAGCUAAAAUGUUUAGAAACCAGUACGACCAUGACGUGGUCAUAUGGAGCCCCCAAGGGCGAAUUCAUCAGAUAGAGUAUGCCAUGGAAGCAGUCAAACAGGGUUCAGUGACAGUUGGAAUUAAGUCGAAAACGCAUGUGGUUCUUGUAGCUCUGAAGAGAUCGUCAAACGAACUCUCGUCGUACCAGAAGAAGAUAUAUCCAGUGGAUGAUCACGUGGCAAUAUCGAUUUCUGGCCUUACUCUGAUGGAGAGAAUGCUGGGAAAGUUUAUGAGGACAGAGUGUCUGAACUCUCGGUACCUGUACAACAUGGCGCUACCCGUGUCACGACUUGUGGGAGCUGUCGGGACCAGUAUCCUUUGGUCUCCAAAUUAGCUUGAUCUCAUCUCCAUUUAGAAAAAAACAAACAACAAAUAGCCUCGGGCACUUUUCUUUACUUCUUCACUCCCCCAAACUUGCUAACUGUAGCACGCAUGGAGGUGAACA